AUGACGGCUGAGGAGUUUGACGUCUUGAUCUGCGGCAGCGGCUCGGCUGGCCUCUGCGCCGCCAUUUGGCUCGCCCGGUACGGCAUCCGCUUCAAGAUGCUGGAAGCAAGAGACGGGCCGCUGCGCAUCGGACAGGCAGACGGCGUGCAGUGUCGCACUGUCGAGAUCUUUGAGAGCUUGGGCAUCGCGGAUGCCCUGCUCAAGGAAUCGUACCACGUCAUGGAGAUUGCCUUUUGGUCGGCUUGUAGCAAGGAGGGCGAGGUUGGGGGUGAGCAAGGUGUCAUCCAACGAGAUUAUGUUGGGCCAGACACAGAGCCUGGGCUCAGCCACCAGCCUCAUGUCAUCCUGAACCAGGCAAGAGUCAACGAGAUUAUGAUGGACGAGGUGGUUCGGCUGAGCGGGAACCAGAACAACGUGGAAUAUGGGCGACGGGUCCGGGAUGUUACUGUUGUCAAAGAGGCAGAGGAAGAUGUCCAAGUAUCAUUGAAGCUGCCGUAUGUGAAAGUGGCCGCGGAGGACAGGCAUGGGAAGUCUCACGUAUAUCGAGCACAAUACGUUCUGGCCUGUGAUGGCGCGCACAGCACCGUACGCAAAUCCCUCGGCUUUCACAUGCAGGGCGACAGCAGCGACACCAACUGGGGCGUCAUGGAUGUCUUCGUGAACACCGACUUCCCGGAUAUCCGCAAGAAAGCCAUCAUCAAAUCCCAGUAUCACGGGGCGAAUCUAGGGUGCGGGCAAUAA